ACUGUAUAAAAAAGUGAAAACAAAAGUUUUGCAACAAAUUAAUUUUUACGUGUUUUCAAACAUUUGACUAGUCUUCUCAAUAACUUAUUUUAUAAAUGCAUUUCUCAUUCAAUUUGUGCGCUUGUUGAAAGUUGAAAAAAGAAUCAAAUUGGAGAAUUUAAUAAAGUUUCCGUCUCGACUAUUAAUUUUAUUUUCGUUCUUAUUAUGUCUAAUCAUGAAUUGAUGAGUAUCGACGAUCAAACAUUGGCCAACAUCAUGAACAAACGACAUCGAUCGGCAAAAUCACAGUUUAAAAAUCCACCUCAGCCAAAGUUUUGCAUAAAAGAAAGAACAUUAGACGGUCGCGACUUAUUUAUCAAUGUCUUGAGUUAUUCACGUAUCGCUAAUCAGUUGUCCGAAUUUGAUCCGAUUCCACUUUAUGGUGGAAUGCAGAUUCGAUCGUUUGGUUCGAUAAAAAACAACGUCAAUACUCAACCGCCACAUCUUAUCUUUGCUGUCAUGGCAUCGCCGGAGGUUCUCAAGAAAACGGGCAGGAACUGUGCUGACACUCCAGAACAAAUGAAUUUAGUAGAAUUAAUGUGUGAAUUCGUAGAAGCUAUGAAUCCAGGAAUUGUGUUAUCAAAAAAACCUGAAAUUCUCAAAGAUCGUGAUUUGGCUGGAGAAUUAAAAGAUGUUUGGUCUGCCGUACAAAAUUUUCGAGACAAAGAAAAAGCUGGAAUAUCCGACAUUGUUGUGUACACUGAAUUCGGGCCUGAAUCUGGUUCUGUUCCUUUUGAAGCCUCCGAACCAAUGAUGAAAUCACUCCAACGAAACGAUCCAUGUUAUGGAAAAGCCGUUAAAAGUGAAAAUAAUCAUAUGAAUGAAUUGGAACAAUGUGUGGAGAGUCAAAAUUGUAAUGAAAAAGGUGGAGAUGACGAUGAAGCAGUAGAGAAAGAGCGUGAAAAUAUAUCAUUGCCUGAAAAAAGUGUCGACGAAUCUGAUUUAAAUCUCAAGAUUGAUAAAAUGUUGUCAUUGAGUAGCAAAAAAAUUGAAUCGAAUAAUCAAGAAAAUCAUCACACCAACGAGUCGAGUGGAAAAAUAAUUAAAGUUCAGAAUCAGAAAAAUCAGCAGCACAAUUUCUUCCCGAAGUUCCUUAGUUCGAGUAAGGAGAAGGAAGCCAAAGAUAAGGAGAAGGAUAAAGAUAAAGAUAAGGAUGAGGUGGAACCGAAAACAAAGACUAAGAAGAGCUUAAACUUCUUUCGACGAAAUAAAUCCUCAACAGGCUCACCGACACAUGGUGGCUGCAUCAAUUCGAUUAGUAAUAAUCAGAAAAGUGAUAAUAACACCGAACAUUAAGUCAUGGCACUCGAACAAAAUUAUAAAAAAUGAAAAUUAACUCCAUUAUAAAGCUUUCGAUGUUAAGGAGACUUCGUGACAACUAAAGUUAGCUAACUGUUCCGGUAGCAAGGUAAAUAUAUAAACAACAAUAUUUUUACGCAGCUAUAAUGUGUACAAAAUAUCCAACAAGUCAACUUAACUACUGCCUAAAUAUUGCUUUACCUCUUCCCUCUCUUCCCACCCGAAAACACCUCCGAAUACAUUCGUAGACAUUUUUAAAUAUUUACUUAUAGAAAGAAAGAGAGAUAAAAAAAAGUAGAAUCACAACAUGGCAAUUUUAAAAUAAUUAUCGUACUAAAUUUAAUAUCAAAUAAGAGAAGACAUUGAAAAUGAGCUUCAAUUUUCUUUGACUUUAAAUUAGAACAAAAUCACAAAAGAAAGCUUAAGAAGUCAGACUUUUUUUGUAAUAAAUUGCAAAUGAAUUAAAUUUUAAUCAAAAUGAAGCAAAAUGUGUAUAAAGAAGGA